AUGACACAGGGAUGGGACCAGGCUGCUAUGGCUGGCGCUGCGAUCGAAGCUAUGAACGACUUAGGCAAACCUUUCGUUUCUACCGCAGCUUACGACUUGACGCCGACAUCAGACGACAACAAUUUACCCUUAGGGGCUAACACGUGGUGGCUCGGUUUCGCCGUUGGCGCACCGUUUCUCUGUGGAGCAUUCCUGGGUCUCUUUUUCACAGAUCGUCUUCCCGAACUCUGGAGAUUCGGGCGGCGUGGUGCAAUCAUUGUCGCGGGCACCUGUAGCUUUAUCUCCGUUAUUGGCUGCGCGGCAAGCCACAACUUCUGGGAAUUUCUAGCCUUCAGAAUUAUCCUAGGUGCAGGAAUGGCAGGUAAAGCAGCCAUUGUUCCUAUCUGGCUCUCGGAAACAUCUCCAAGGAACGUUCGUGGAGUUCUACUUGUCUGCUGGCAGCUAUUCGUGGCCUGCGGCAUAGCUGCGGGCUCAGUUGCAAAUUUGAGUUUGUAUCGCUUGAACCCAAGUGAAAGUUGGAGGUACAUGUUCAUCUCAGCCUUCAUUCCCGCGCUGCUGUUGUUCUCCAUGGUCCUCUUCGCGCCCGAGUCACCACGUUGGCUUCUGAAGAGAAGCGGGUUCAAGAAGAGUGAGAAACUGAGCGAUUUUGAGUUUGAAAAGAGAAGGAAAGGCUUGGUCAGAGCUGCGCUGAAAUCGCUAUCUCAAUUGCACGGCAAGCCCACCAAUAUGCUUGCCGCGGGUGAACUGUAUCUUCUGUAUAUGAGACUACUUCAAGAGCAAGACUUCUUGAAGAAGGAAAAUGACGAUCAGAGCCACUCCAAAUUCAACGAACAUGCAUCAAGGGAGGCAACCAACGAAUUCACCUCAAAAGUCGCGGUUACCGGACACGCAUCAGGGGUUGCAGUGAACAUGCACAGCACAGAGGCUAGGGUCAAUGGCGACACACCAGCAGCUGUGGUCAACGAGAACAGAUCGACAAUCAUCGAUAACCAGGGUCAGCAAUCGAUAAAGGCCCCCCACAACACACCAAUUGAAUAUGUCUCAUGGGGACAGCGGUGGCGUCUCAUGAUCAGCACAAGAAGAAUGACUCGAGCCAAUGGUGCUGCUGCUGCUGUCAUGAUUGCCCAGCAACUCUGCGGCAUCAAUCUACUAGCAUUUCUAGCUGGUACUUUCUUCCGAAACUCGUUCUUCUCCAAUUCUCAGAAUCCCACCCUACAGGACAACACUAAACAUCUCUGGUUGUCCUUCGCAUUCGGAGUUGUGAACUUCUUAUUCACGAUUCCUGCUCUUUUCUAUAUUGACAGGAGCGAAGGGCGGCGAACACUAUUAAAUUGGUCAUUCCCCUGCAUGUUCGCAACACUACUGAUCAGCGGACUGAUCCUUCGGAAGUCUACUAAUGACUCUGCAACAGGCAGAGUCGGUACUGGAGCCGGCAUUGCCUACAUUGUACUCCUCAUGCUUUUUACAGCAGCAUAUUCGAUUGGCGAAGGACCUGCAGCUUUUGUUAUCUCCGCAGAAGUAUUUCCACUAACGAAUAGAGAGCUUGGCAUGAGCUUGGCCGUUUUCUGGAACUUUCUAGGCGCAGGCGUGCUAGCUUUAUGUGCCCCGGCUAUGACGAGAAACCUUGGUCAAGACAACACUUUGUUUUUUUUCUCCGGAAUGAAUAUCUUGGCUUGGUUUCUAUGCUACUGGCUAGUGCCCAAUACCGGGAGUGAGGACUUGGAAGAUAUUUUCGAACAACUCGAAGCGCCUACACACUUCGUCUUUGUUUAUACCUGUGCCAUUUUGUUGCGCAAGGCCUUCCGUGGUUUAGAAUGGUGUCAUGGGGCAGGCUGCAGGAGCUGGAAGAAUUGUGGCUUUAUUCAACUUGAGACAGCCGAGGACGAAUACAAAGAACAUGUAGGACAAGAUGCAGACUGGAAGGCAAUGAUCAAGAGUUUUUGGGGUAAAGCUUUCAGGAAGGGAGCACGAAGACAUACAUAG